GUAAAAUAACAAAUUGUGUUUAUUUAAGCCACUGGGUUUGUGAUUUGUUACGACAGCAAUAAAAGGCAUGUAAAAUAGAAGGAAACCAUUCAACACAAGUCUAAUAAGAAAAAUAGAGGAAGUGAAAUAUUUAUAAAUGUCUGAGAAUUUUCCAGAAUUGAAGAGAUGAGUCUCCAGACCAAGGGAUCUCACCAAGAUCUGCAAGUUGAUCACGUAUGAGCUAUCUAUAACCAUUUACGUUGUAGUGAAAUACCUAAGACUAAGAUAAAGUCUUAAAAGCAGACUGAACCUCAAGCAUAGGCAAGAACAAGACAACCAGAACACUCUUUCCAGGAAGGUUACAAAUGUCAGUGGUCAACCAAUGCUAUUAGUAUUCAAAGUCAGACUAGGUGUGGCCCGUGCUGCUUUAAUCUGGGCAUUCCUGGGUCCCAGUACAUGUUCAGAGAAGAAUUUAGACAAAGACGAUGGAAGGAAGCUGGUUCCACGGGGAAAGAUUUUCCUUCUACCUCCUUCUCGGUCUUCUGCUUCAAGGAAGGGGCGUUACUUUCACCAUCAAUUGCUCAGGGUUUGGCCAGCACGGGGCAGAUCCCACUGCUCUGAAUUCAAUGUUUAAUAGAAAGCCCUUCCGUCCAGCCACCAACAUCAGCGUCCCCACCCAAGUCAACAUCUCCUUCACGAUGUCUGCCAUCCUAGAUGUGAAUGAACAGAUGCACCUCUUAUCAUCGUUCCUGUGGCUGGAAAUGGUUUGGGAUAACCCAUUUAUCAGCUGGAACCCAGAGGAGUGUGAGGGCAUCACGAAGAUGAGUAUGGCCGCCAAGAACCUGUGGCUCCCAGACAUUUUCAUCAUUGAACUCAUGGAUGUGGAUAAGACCCCAAAAGACCUCACAGCAUAUGUAAGUAAUGAAGGUCGCAUCAGGUAUAAGAAACCCAUGAAGGUGGACAGUAUCUGUAACCUGGACAUCUUCUACUUCCCCUUUGACCAGCAGAACUGCACACUCACCUUCAGCUCAUUCCUCUACACAGUGGACAGCAUGUUGCUGGACAUGGAGAAAGAAGUGUGGGAAAUAACAGAUGCAUCCCGGAACAUCCUUCAGACCCAUGGAGAAUGGGAGCUCCUGGGCAUCAACAAGGCCACCGCGAAGUUGUCCAGGGGAGGCAACCUGUAUGAUCAGAUCGUGUUCUAUGUGGCCAUCAGGCGCAGGCCCAGCCUCUAUGUCAUAAACCUUCUUGUGCCCAGUGGCUUUCUGGUUACCAUCGAUGCCCUCAGCUUCUACCUGCCAGUGAAAAGUGGGAAUCGUGUCCCAUUCAAGAUAACGCUCCUGCUGGGCUACAACGUCUUCCUGCUCAUGAUGAGUGACUUGCUCCCCACCUGUGGCACCCCCCUCAUCGGUGUCUACUUCGCCCUGUGCCUGUCCCUGAUGGUAGGCAGCCUGCUGGAGACCAUCUUCAUCACCCAUCUGCUGCACGUGGCCACCACCCAGCCCCCACCCCUGCCUCAGUGGCUCCACUGUCUGCUGCUGCACUGCACCAGCCCAGGGAGAUGCUGUCCCUCUGCGCCCCAGAAGGGAAAUAAGGACCUGGGUCUCACCCCCACCCACCUGCCUGGUGUGAAGGAGCCAGAGGUAUCAGCAGGGCAGAUGCCAGGCCCUGGGGAGGCAGAGCUGACAGGGGGCUCAGAAUGGACAAGGGCCCAGCGGGAACACAAGGCCCAGAAGCAGCACUCGGUGGAGCUGUGGGUGCAGUUCAGCCACGUGAUGGAUACCCUGCUCUUCCGCCUCUACCUGCUCUUCAUGGCCUCCUCCAUCGUCACCAUCAUAUGCCUCUGGAACACCUAGGCAGGUGCUCACCUGCGAACUUCAGUCUGGAGCUUCUCUUGCCUCCAGGGACUGGCCAGGUCUCCCCUGUUUCCUGAGUACCAACUAUCAUAUCCCCAAAGAUGACUGAGUCUCUGCUGUAUUCCAUGUAUCCCAAUCCAGUCCUGCUGAUCAAUUCCAAUCCCAGACAUUUCUCCCUGUUCCUGCAUUUUGUUGGCUUCCUUCAGUCCUACCAUAUGGUUCUAGGUCCCCCUUAUGUCAUCUGCAUGGCAGACUAUACCUCUUCUGUCUGCUGACUUGCCCAAUAAAUCAUUCUGCAGAGA